AUGAAGCUCAACAUCUCCUACCCGGCCAAUGGGUCUCAGAAGAUCAUCGAGGUUGACGAUGAGCGCAAGCUCCGUCCCUUCAUGGAGAAGCGCAUGGGAACCGAAGUUGCCGGCGACUCUCUCGGUGACGAGUUCAAGGGUUACAUCCUCAAGAUCACCGGUGGUAACGACAAGCAAGGUUUCCCCAUGAAGCAGGGUGUUCUCCUCCCCACCCGUACCCGCCUCCUCCUUGCCGAUGGCCACAGCUGCUACCGCCCCCGCCGCACUGGUGAGCGCAAGCGCAAGUCCGUCCGUGGUGCCAUCACCGGUCAGGACCUCGCUGUUCUUGCCCUGAGCAUCGUCAAGCAGGGUGAGGGUGAGCUCCCCGGUCUCACCGACACCGUUGUCCCCAAGCGCCUCGGCCCCAAGCGUGCCACCAAGAUCCGCCGCUUCUUCGGUCUCGACAAGAAGGACGACGUCCGCAAGUUCGUCAUCCGUCGUACCGUCACCCGUGAGGGCAAGCCCGACUACACCAAGGCCCCCAAGAUCCAGCGUCUGGUUACUCCCCAGCGUCUCCAGCGCAAGCGCCAGCGCAUUGCCCUCAAGCGCCGUCGUGCUGAGGCUGCCCGCGAGGCUGCUAACGACUACGCCAAGCUCCUUGCCAGCCGUGUCCACGAGGAGAAGGCCAAGCGCGAUGAGCUCCGCAAGCGGAGAGCGUCUUCGAUGAGGAAGUAA